ACGGCGAGCUAGUGGUCUCCGUUCUCCAUUUUGAAAAAAAUAAAAAUAAAAAAGGAAACGGAUAAACCUCCUCCCGUUACUGACGACAGGGGCGUGAAACGACCAAGUUUAUAAAGAGAAACAGUCGUGUGUGUGUGUGUGUGUUUUCUGCGUUAAGUGUGUGCGGAUACACGGCUUUUCGUGUCGUUAAAAUGGGAAACUGCCACACCGUAGGACCGAACGAGGCCCUCGUCGUCUCAGGUGGCUGCUGCGGUUCUGAUCAGAAGACUUAUGUCGUGGGGGGCUGGGCUUGGGCCUGGUGGCUCAUCUCUGACAUCCAGAGAAUGUCUCUGGAGGUUAUGACCAUCCUCUGUCGCUGUGAGAAUAUCGAAACCUCGGAGGGUGUUCCCCUGGAUGUGACAGGGGUGGCUCAGGUGAAGGUGAUGACUGAAAAUGAGCUGCUGGGUUACGCCUGUGAACAGUUCCUGGGAAAGUCCGUCAUGGAGAUCAAGAGCGUCAUCCUGCAAACCCUCGAGGGUCACCUGCGUGCCAUCCUGGGCACCCUGACUGUUGAGCAGAUCUACCAGGACAGAGACAGGUUCGCCGCUCUGGUGCGGGAGGUCGCUGCUCCUGAUGUUGGACGAAUGGGCAUCGAGAUCCUCAGCUUCACCAUCAAAGAUGUUUAUGACAAAGUGGAAUACCUGAGCUCACUGGGGAAAACUCAGACAGCUGCAGUACAGAGGGAUGCAGACAUCGGCGUGGCGGAGGCAGAAAGAGAUGCGGGCAUCAGGGAAGCCGAGUGUAAGAAGGAAAUGAUGGAUGUUAAGUUCGUCGCGGAUACAAAAAUGGCCGACUCCAAACGAGAGCUGGAAAUGCAGAAAGCCUCCUUCAACCAAGAAGUGAACACAAAGAAAGCAGAGGCUCAGUUGGCGUAUGAGCUGCAGGCGGCCAAGGAGCAGCAGAAGAUCCGUCUGGAGGAGAUUGAAAUCGAGGUGGUGCAGAGGAAGAAGCAGAUCACAAUCGAAGAGAAGGAGAUCGAUCGAACUGAAAAGGAGCUCAUUGCCACCGUGAAGAGACCCGCAGAGGCCGAAGCCUACAAGAUGCAACAGCUGGCCGAGGGACAGAAGAUAAAGAAGGUGCUGACGGCACAGGCAGAAGCAGAGAAGAUCCGCUGCAUCGGUGAGGCCGAGGCGGGUUCUAUCGAAGCUGUGGGCAAAGCCGAGGCUGAGAAGAUGAGGCUGAAAGCUGAAGCCUACCAGCAGUAUGGAGACGCAGCCAAGACGGCUCUGGUGCUGGAGGCUCUACCUAAGAUUGCCAGUAAAGUGGCGGCGCCUCUGUCCAAGACCAAUGAGAUUGUCAUCCUGAGUGGCGAAGGCAGCCGGCUGACUGGAGAGGUGAAUCGGCUGCUGGCUGAGCUCCCCGUCUCUGUCAACGCCCUCACUGGGGUGGAUCUGACCAAGAUCCCUCUGCUGCAGAAGAUGACCGGCCCACAGUGCCAAGCUGCUGUGUGACGAGACGAUCUGGCCUGAGACGUGCGUCUGCCUCGAGCAUGGAAUGGUUUUUCAGUCAGAUAUCCCUCGUGCAACUGCCUUUAACCAGGAACACUUGACGCCAACCAAGAGUUUUUUUUUUUUUUAUAACUGUUUUUAAGAGGAUUUUAGUUUUCUAUAGGAAAAAUUAUAUUUGCGUCAAAUUGUAUCUAAGCUUGGUUUUGUUCAUUCACUCCUCCAUGUUCUCCCAACCAGAGCAGUGCGUAUUGUAAAACAACCAGAGACGUAUCGUCCUCCUCCGGGGAGCAGGUCACAUUCCUCCUGGAGUCUGGAGUCCUUCCCUUUUCCAGUCAGGUGUAGAGUUGUUGUUGUUUUUUCACCUCCGGGAAGCUGUACGGUCACGCCUCUUCCUGUCUGUUGGUAAAGACGAGUUUAGCUCCUCUCUAACUCUGAUAGAUCUCCACCGCCUCCUCUCAGUGGAACUGUAAAAUGCCCAUGUAUGAAUCGCUUUGUAUGAUAAUCCUCACUUCAGUUUGUCACCUCGUCCGUCUUGUUGGGAGGUGCAGUGCCUGUUCAAACCUUCCCGCUGCAGUUCGGGUCUGUUAUGUCUCUAAAACGGGCUUAGUCAGUCACUUUUGUCACAUGUAUAAACAUGUGGGUACCUGCUAAGCAAACAGAAAGCCAUACAUAGCCUUACAGCAGACCCGGACUCAACCCUUCGUUACGACCUCAAGCAGCUUACAUGAGACCGUCACCGCGCUGAAGUCUUCCCGUUCCCGCUUUCAAACCGUGUUUGCGUCACAACUACUCGCGUUGUAAACCCCGCGCCUCCUCUCCCACCGAUGAUGACCGAACAGAAGUUAAAUGUCACGAGUUGGAAAACAAGCAUGUGACCAGUUUGGCAACACUUGAGACGCGCUAGCCGUGAAGUAGCCGUGAAGUGAAGCACAUGGGCGGGUCAGGCGGCCAGUGAAGGAGUUUGAUUUCUUUACAACGGUUUUGGUUUAGUGAAGAAGAACCUGAGAGAGCUGCCGCUGAUCCAGUCCUCCGUGUUGCUUGUUGUACUAGACCGUGCUGAUUGCGACAUAAACGUGUUGGUUUUAAUGUCCUACGCUAGUCAUUCACUAAUUUCCUGGUUAAUGUUUUCUAAAGGGUCGACUGAAGGGAAGUUGUUACGUGACAGAAAUCUGAACUCUUUGUGUAGUCGUCUGUUUUCCGGCAUACUGUGACUGUUUGUCUUGCCUUAUUUUUUUUGUUAUAGGUGAUUUUUGGUGAACACCUGAUGAACCACUUUGUGAGGAAUUUUAUGACCACUUUCCAAAUCUGUGACCAUAAACAUUUUCUUACAUUCUGCCUCUGAUUUAUUCUUCCGCCGUCUGUAUUUUGUGUGAAAUAAACCCUUUUUGUCUUU